AUGGGCUCCCUCCCCACAGAACCCCAGCGCCUCCUCGCCUGGACCAUCUACAUCAAGAAACCCGCGCACCAAUCCCAAGAAGACCACCACGCCCACGUCUCCAACAUCAACACGCCCCUCACAACCCCUUUCCUAAAGAAAUACGGCAUCGUCCGAUAUACAGUCAAACACAACGACGCCUCCAUCCUCCCCCUCCGCCAACAACUCAUGGCCGGCAUGCCGGACGACAGCAUCCUCGACUACGACUGCGUGUUGGAGAUGAUCGUGAGGGAUAUUGAGUGCAUCCAGAGGAUGCAGAAGGACGAGGAGUUUGUGAGGGAGUGUUUGAGUGAUCAUGGGAAUUUUGCGGAUAUGAAGCUUUGCAAGGGGAGUUUGAUGUGGAUUGAGGAAUUUGCGUUUUGA